GCGGUUGUUUUAAAACUUAAGUAGAGUCCAAAGAGAAGCUGUGAAUUUGACCAACUGGUGCUUGGAGUUUUCUUUCAUAUUGUUACGGAAUAUUCUGUAUCUAAGUGCAUUAAAGUACUUGAACAGAAUUGGUUUUGGUCCAUCCGGAGAAUGGAAGAAGGGGACAGUUCGGUUGAGCUGGGUGAUGAAGAACUUGACGAGGAGUACCACGCUCUGCAGGAGCAGAUUGACGAACUCUUUCAGGGAUGGAAUGCAAGUGCGGAGUCCAGAAGCUCUUCCCUAUACGACGGACUGCAUGAAGCUUCUCAGAACUACAACAACUGUUUAUUAGUAGCGGAAAAGAUGAAUGCCCGUUCUGAAAAGUAUAUGCUUCACAUUCUCUCGAACAUCUCCCAGUUGAAAGAUGCUGUGGACACCGAUGAAUCCACAGGUGCAUCUCUUACUGCCGACAAUGUCCAGGCAUACCAGAAGGCUAUCGAUGAUUUUGAUACAAAAUUAUCCAGGUACGGGCGGGAUGUGCAGGAAAAGAUCAACAUCAUUAGACAGCGUUUGACGAACAUGGAGAACGAAUUAGCAGAGAAAAGAGAAAGAAGGAAGGUUCUUUUGUUGGAACUCGCGAGAAAAGAAGCCUACUUAAAAGCAGCUGUUGAUUUUAUGGGAUUCAGCGUAAAAAUAACAACAGGAAACAGCUGCGCUGAAGUGACGUUUGCUAAAUUGGGGGACGGCGCGGUUUCGGAAGGAGGGACGGAAAUGGAUCUUCAAAAAGGGACAGUUCGCCGGGUAUGGCCAGCAUCUCUCAAGGAGAAUCUGCCAGUUGGUCAAGAAUUAAACGGUAGUAAACAGAAGUAUCCACUGGUGAAACUACUAACGGCCACUCGCAGAGCUUUGAAGGAGCACUUCGAAAGUUUGAAUUCAAAUGGCGAAAACCUGGGCUGAUGUUGCUAAUAUUCAUUGUGUGUGUAUGACAAUAAUCUAUGAAUGUGCAUCGUCAUAUUAAAUUAGAAUACAGGUAUCUGUUAUCGCUAAAUAAUUAUUAUACAAGUACGGUACUUAUGUUCGGCGUUUGCCUAUGGUUUUGAAUUUCAGACUGUGUUACCAGCGUAUUUUUAUUUGGUCUGUUGGUGCUGUAACUCAUAAGCAUGAAUCAGUUUAUGGUUGUUUUAGAUGUCAGAUAAAGCAUAAUACCGUCCUAUGGCACGAGA